CCCGUGUUCUUCCUUCUUCCUCCCCCCACCGGCCAGCCAACCAUCCCACCUUUCCCCCUCACGAGAAAGCGCGCCUGCCUCCUUAUAACAUUUCCUUCAUCCACAGCCGGCCAUGGCCCGUCGACCGAGCCCGUCAGAUCCACGCAACCGAGAGGCCGAAUUAGUCGACUAGUCUCUUGUUGUCCUAGGGUUCAUAUCAAAAUCGCCUUGACCAAUCCCGGGCGUCCUCCACAUUCGCCCCAAUGGGGUCCAAGGGGAAGCGCGGGGACGGAGGGGUGUCGUCGCCGAGGUCGAGGAAGGGGGAGUUUCCCAUCCGGGCGGAGGAUUACGAGCUGAUGGAGCCAAUUGGCGACGGCGCCACUGCCGUGGUCCGCCGCGCCCGGUGCCUCCCGCUCGGCGGCGAGGUCGUCGCCGUCAAGAUUAUGAACCUCGCCCUCCGCUCCGAGGCCGACGUUAACAAUGCUUCUGAAGAGGUCAAGACCAUGAUCCUGACGGACCACCCCAACCUCCUCAGCGCCUACUGCUCCUUCACCCAGGACGAGAACCUGUGGAUCGUCAUGCCCUACAUGGCCGGGGGCUCCUGCUUCCACCUCAUGAAAUCCUCCUUCCCCAAAGGGUUCGAGGAGGAGAGGUUCAUAGCCUUCGUGCUGCGUGAGACGCUCAGAGGCCUCGAGUACCUGCACGGCAAAGGCCACAUACACCGGGACGUCAAGGCUGGAAACAUAUUGCUUGAUCAGCACAAAGGAGUGAAGCUUGCGGAUUUCGGAAUCAGCGCCAGCGUAUACGACUCGAUGAUCAACAGGAACGGCAAAAGGCACACGCUUGUCGGCACGCCUUGCUGGAUGGCACCUGAAGUGAUGGAGCAAAAGGAAUACGAUUUCAAGGCAGACAUCUGGUCUUUCGGAAUAACUGCACUAGAACUUGCUAAUGGCCACGCUCCUUUUUCUAGUCAACCUCCAGCGAAGGUCUUUCUUAUGACGUUACAGCAUGCUCCUCCAUCUCUUCACAAUACAAAGGACAAGAAAUUUUCAACUUCAUUUAAGCGAAUGAUUGGUGCAUGUUUGAUAAAAGAUCCAUCCAAGAGGCCAACUGCACGAAUGUUACUGGAACUUCCGUUCUUCAAAAAAGUGAAGUCUGAGGAUAAUCAUGUAAAAUGCAUGCUAAAUAAAGUGCCAUCUUUGGUUGCUAGGGUGCAAACUAUAAAGGAGAAUGAAGCAAAGUUGCAAGCAGAGAAGAAACCACAUGAUAAAAUCAAAGAGAAGACAUCACAUGAUGAAUAUUGGAGAGGUAUUAGUCAGUGGCACUUUGAUAUCGAGGACUUGAAAGCCCAAGCUAAAUUGUACUCGGAGGAGAAUGAUAGUGACGGAGAAGAGUAUUUGCAUUUCCUAUUUGAACUUGAUACCGUGGAUGAAACUGUUCCGCUUAAAGAUGUCCAUCGGCAAAAGCAUAUUGUAGGUAAUGAAAUAACAGAAAUGCCAAGCUCAACAACUCCAGUACCGAUACCUCAGAGUGGGAAACAACUUGAGAAUGGAGGCCCUAAUGGCCUUGUGCGCCAUGAGUCAUUUGAACGACAUUCAAAAGUACCUACCAAGCAACUUUCAAGAGCAGUUUCCAAUGCCACGGGUAUUGAUGAAUAUCUAGAAAAAACAACCAUUCAAAAGGGCCGCUUUAAAGUAACAAUGGAAGAAACGGAAGUAUCUACACCGAGGGAGAAGGAACUACUCGAACGUAUUGCAUGUUUAGAGAGGAUGCUCCAGGUUACCCAAGAUGAGAUUGUGAAGCUUAAAGAAAAGGAUGCAAAAGGGUAAUUACGUUGCUCUUCAUGUUUUCUGGCAGAGGCAAAAGGAGCAGUGCCAUGCAUCCAACAAAAUAGCAAAGUACAAGCGAUGUAGUUACUUAAGGUCGUUUUCAUAGCUAGGGAAGAGUUGCAAAUUUGUGCAGAUCUUAUUGUCAUAAGAAUCUAUGGUUCCAACUUCUUAAAGUGCUUCUCGGUAGAUUCGUAGUGCAUCGGAAAUAGAUAGUGUUUCUAGGUGAGAUCCAAUGUGGUAGUUUACAAACCAAUUGUGUGUGAUGUAUUUACACUACAAACUUGAAGCAUGAGAAUUUUCCUGGUAAUUUA